CAGCAGCGGCACACACGCGCGUGUCCGAGCGUGCGAGGCUGGAGUCAGUUUAACAGCGCAGUAUGAAUCAAGACGUCUUCAUAUCAUCAAUGACACGAGCAGAACAACAUCAUAUGAACUUUCUGAGCUCGGUAUAAGAUGAUAUAACAUGACAGGAGUGUAACUUCAUACAGCGCGAGAUCGAUUCAGGCAGAGAGCGACCGCAGAUAACCAACAUUCACCAAACAGGAUGAUUGUCUUGGUGUUAUACCUGUUCUUCUGGUCGUGGCUGCCAUCCGCUCACGGGUUGGAGUUUCGCUAUCAUAACAGUGUGGAAAUCGAACAAUACCUAAAAAACACCACCAAGACGUAUCCCAGUAUCACAUAUCUGCACAGUAUUGGUCAGUCUGUUGAAGGAAGACAACUCUGGGUUUUAAUAAUAGGUCAAAAUGCCAGCCAGCAUCGGACAGGCAUUCCAGAAUUCAAAUAUGUGGGCAACAUGCACGGCAACGAGGUUGUCUCUCGCGUGGUACUGCUGCAGCUAAUCGAUUAUCUGACCAGCCGGUACCUAAGUGACCCUCUGGUGACACGUAUGCUAAACAGCAGCCGGGUGCACAUCCUACCCUCCAUGAACCCAGACGGAUUUGAGUCCUCUGCACAGGACUGCAUAAACACAGUGGGCCGGUAUAAUAAAAAUGGAGUGGACCUGAACCGGGAUUUUCCAGAUGUAUUUCAGACGAAUGAUGUACCAAGGGAGAAGGAAGUCAAAGCGGUGAUGGACUGGCUAACUACGGAGACCUUCGUCCUCUCAGCCAAUCUGCACGGAGGGGCGGUGGUCGCCAGCUAUCCAUACGACAACAGCAAUCAAGGAGCUGAGCUGCAGGGAAGCCAAAGUGUCUCUCCUGACAAUGACGUCUUCAUUCACCUGGCAAAGACCUAUUCCUAUAACCACACAUCAAUGUAUAAGGGAGAACCCUGUUACGGUACAAAUGGCUUCGUCGAUGGCAUUACCAAUGGAUUUUCCUGGUAUGCUUUACAAGGGGGCAUGCAAGACUAUAACUACGUUUGGGCCCAGUGUUUAGAAAUCACAUUGGAAAUCUCUUGCUGUAAGUUUCCAGCAGUGAGUGAUCUUCCUGGUCUGUGGGAUGCCAACAAACCUGCUUUACUAGCCUAUAUGAAACAAGUUCACCUAGGGGUGAAAGGUGUUGUGAUGGACUCAAAUGGAAACCCCAUCCAGAAUGCCGUAGUCCAAGUGAAUAGCAGAAGCAACCUCAAUCCGUUUAAGACUGACCGCAAUGGAGAGUACUACAGACUGCUGCUACCCGGCAGCUACUCAAUCACUGUGACAUUCCCAGGACACAAGACGGUCACACAGACCGUUUCUGUGCCAUAUGGUCCAGACAGUUUCUCUGCCGUAACCCAGAACUUCGUCCUUGUAAAGAGCGAUAACGUCACCAGCUCAGUUCUAGACAACAGCUCAGCUCCCGCCCUGCUGGCCAGCACAGUCCCUGCACUUACUGCCUUCAUUAUCCAAAGACUGCUGGUUUUCUGAGCUGUAGCAAACAUUUGUCAGUGAUAAGCUCUUUUUUUUUGUUUUUCUUGCACAAUCAAACUUUUUAUCGACUGUUACAUUUUGUAUAAUAUCACGAGGCUGUAUCUGUUAUCAUGCAGGAGGAAAGUGAAUUCAGUAGAUUUGAUUGCAAGCACUACAGUCCUGCAAAUACAUUGGACCUUGGACCACAAAACCAGUCAUGGGUAUAUUUGCAGCAAAAGCAACAAUACAUCAUAUGGGUUAAAAUGAAAGAUUUGUUUGGUCGCUUGAACACCAGAUGACUGGUUCUGUGGUCCACAUAUGUAAAAUAGUGACACCGUUGUGGUGGAAAGCACUACAUUAUUCUGGGCUGUACGCAAAGCAAAAACUUAACAAAAAAGGCCCUUUGCAAGUUAAUACAUGCAUUACGUCCAUACAAAGGGUAACUCACAACAUAAUCGAAUUUUUCACAAACAGUCUUAUUUAUACCUGGUAAAUUUUACAUGUCUUUCAAUCUGUUUACAUAGAAAUCCCAGAACCUGAGUUGUGAGAUUUAAUGGUAACUGGGAAUACUUAAUAGACUGGUGGCUUGAAGAAAAGAUGCUACAAUACUGACACGUGAAGAUUAUAUAACAUGAAGGCAAUGUAUAUACAUGUAUUAUGUAUGUUAUAAAAGAAUAUGUAUAUAAAUUUGUACACAAUAAUAUUACAUGUAUACAUUAUCUGGAACUCAAUAGUCAUAAGUGUAUUUUGAUUUAAACAAUUUAAGAUGGUGCCGAUAGUUUAAGCAAAAAAGCUUAACCUAAUUUUACAUGUUUGUUUGUUUGUUUGUUUGUUUGGUAUAUUAACAAUAUCUGUUUUCAAAUGUAUAAAAUGUCAAAUUGAAGAGUGAAAGCAAGUCAGCCAAAAAAAAACUUUGGUGUCCGUCCUACCUCACUCAAUCCAUCUCAGACUAGAAAGACUGGUAGUGCCUUAAAUAAACCUGUCAUGAGAAAUCA